AUGACCUUGAGUUUAUCAGAGGGUUUUCGGAUUGUUGAUGCAACGAAAGAGAAAUCGCGAACACUGGAAUGGAUGAUGAUUCGAGAAAAGAUAAAUCAGACAAAAGGGCGGUAUCAAGAGUGUUUUCGAUCCCCGAUUGGCAUAAAGAUGGCUCGAGAUAGCGAUACAGUGAUCACAGUACUCGCUUUGAUUGAACUUGAAUGCCCUUUCUGCUUUAUCCCGAGAAAGAUUCACGCUUGCGAUUAUGGUGUUUCGUGGUUGAUUCGAGAAGAUGGACUGCUCGAGAAACCUACCGCAUUUCUACAACUGGCACCACUGGAAAGCCGAAACAAAUCGACGUACCCUUGGACAGCCAUCAUGCCAAACAUUGUCGAUUUUCGUGACAAAUUCGGCGUGACUAGAGAGGAUCGAGUUCUCUUUUCGACUUCAUUUCAAUUUGACCCCUCAAUCAUCGAGCUUUUCCUGCCGGCAUUCACCGGCUCUCAAUUGAUCAUCGCAUCGGAAGCUGUUCGUUCGUCGAGCACCGCGUUUCUAACUCUUUUUGCUCAAACUCGACCUACAAUUGUUCAGUUAACACCAGCCAUUCUCACAAUUCUUGGGCAAACAGUGUUGGAUCAACUAUUCGCCGAAGAGACUUCGUUGCGUAUUCUCAUGAUUGGUGGAGCCGCUUUUCCAUUAGCCUUACUGAAGCCGUACAUCGAGAAAAACAAACGCGUUCAAGUGUACAAUGUUUAUGGAAUAACUGAGAUCUCGUGCUGGGCUAGUAUUCAACAGAUUUUACCAAGCACUCGAUUUGUAACUAUUGGCCGUCCACUAAUCGAGACAUCGUUUCACGUUUCGCCAAAUGGAGAACUUUCAAUUGGUGGCAGUAGACAGUGCUUUGUUGAAGGGGCUCUAACAAAUGGAUUCACACCAACGGGAGAUUUGGUCGAAGAAGUGGCGGAUGGGAUGGCGAUUGUUGGACGAACGAAUGAUGAGUUCAAAUUCAAUGACAUUCGAGUGAAUCUGGCCUCGUGGGCAAAGAAUAUCGUCGAGCAAAAGCAAGCACUUGCUGCUGAAUUUAUCGUCUUUGAAAAAAUAUUUCUGGUGUUAUUCGUCGUGAAUGCGGCUCCAACAUUGGAAGCUAAUUUCCCUACAGUGCUACGCCCGGCUAAAAUCUUUCAUCUAGACAGACUUCCCGUGAAUGAAAAUGGAAAAGUGGAUAAAGACGAGUUGCAAAAAAUGAUUGUGAGAGAUGGAGGGACGAUUGAAAACAGAGAGAAGCAUUUCUGGGAUACGGUGGCUAAAUAUGGCAUUACAAUAACAUCCGAUUUGGGAAUCUCGUUCAGAGCUUAUGGAAUUGACUCGUUUGCAGCCGCUGAACUGUCUUUUGAGAUGAAUUGCCCGAAUCUUCUUGCUGAGAUUUUGUCAGACAAAACGACAAUUGAAAGCUUUCUCCGCAAGUUAUUCUCAAUAGAAAAACAAUCGAAGAGAAACUCUGAUGAAAAGAGGGUUCUCAAGGCAGACCUGGAAACGAAAUUUCGAACUGAUUGGGCUCACGAUUAUGGGAAAUGCGUAGACACUGAUCCAAAAUUGGUACAGAUUGAUGACAAAGAUUGUGUGAUAUGUGGUGCCUAUAAUGGAGUGGUUGUUGCCCUAGAAGUCAACAGUGGAAGAGAGAUUUGGCAAGCAACACUACCCGCUGGAAUCGAUAGCACAUUUGGUUACAGUCCGGAUUUUGUGAUCAUUGGUUGUUUGAAUGGAAAUGUUUAUGUCUUUGAUAUCUGCAAAGACGAACUUCACUGGACUUUUCCGACAAAUGGACCGAUUCAUACAGAGAUACUGGUAGACGAAUCUGGUUGUGCCUAUGUUUUUAGCAAUGAUGAGACUCUCUACAAACUGAAUGUGUUGGAAAAGACUGUUGCCUGGACAUGCAAGAUAGGCUCAUCCGGACCGGGAACUCCAUUGAGAACAAGAUUUUUCGAAAAGCUUGACAAUGACUACAUUGAUGUGUUUUUGGUGGGAACAUUGGAUAAACGAAUCGUAUGUGUGAACCAGCACACUGGCGUUAUUUUAUGGACCACAAAGCUAGAGGGGCCCGUUUUUGCGCCAAUGAUCACCACUAUUUCGAACAAUAUCUACGUCUGUACGGUGAAUGGGAUCUUCUAUGAAUUGGAUUUAAAAACGGGAUCAAAGUUAUUUCAAUAUGUGUUGAAUGGAGCUGUAUUUGCCGCUUGCCAUUUCGUCGAAGAGCUACGACUCUGCAUCAUUUCUACGCAAGAGGGAUCAAUUCUUUUCAUCCGAAAAACCUCAGUUCGUUUUAUCACUGUUUUACGGAUUCAAAUCGAUGGGGCAAGCUUCAUCAAAACGAUUUUUCGCUCGAUUCUUGAUAAAUCAAGCAAAACCCUCGCUUUAUGGCAGAUUGGUACCGAGGGUAUCAUAUAUACAAUCGAAACAAACUGGGAAUUGGAUGGUGAAAACUUGAGUCUAUACGGAGAAAAAGUGACGAGUCGAGCGAUUGGCGAUGGGGUGACAACGACGUUCACUCAACCUCUUUGUUUAUCAAACGAUCAAGAGACAAAGCUUUUCGUUGCUUCUAGAGACGACAUGCUUAGAGGCUGUGAGCUUUGCGAUUUUGUGAUCAAGGCAGCGAUCGCUCGUAUUGAACGAACAAAAGGAAGUCAAGACGAGGGGCGAAAAGCAACCUACGAUUUCAUCAAGCUUUUUCUUGUUCAACUCAGAAGUGAUUUGAAAGCAAAAGAUCUGGGUAGUGGCACCGUUCAAUGGUUUGCUUUUUGGGACACAAUGCAGGGUGCUUGGGAAGAGCAAGUCGAUUCGUUUAUAAAUGAUGAUCGAGAGCGAGCAAUCAUGCAUUCGAUUUGGAAUGAAGUGGCCGAUUGGAUGGAAGAAGCUGUUAUUGAUGCAACUCGGUCAUCGAAAAAUGAGGACCAG